AUGCCCUUCUUUACACGCAGAAGCAAGUCGCCAAGACGGCAGGCCAAACAUCACCAUGGCCAUGGCCAUUCUCAGGCUCGCUAUGAGCCGUAUACGAUGCUGCAGCGGCCAACAUUUGGCCAGUGGCUAAAGCACACCCUUCUGGAUAUCGUUACCAUGAUUGUCAUGGGAGCAAUAGGACUCGGUGUAUACAUGGCUGAUCCAGCGCCAUCGCGCUCAUUUGCAAUCACCUUUUCUGACGGUGAAGUCGUCUAUCCCGAAUUCGCAUACCCUCUCCGAGACGAAAUCAUCCCCAUCUGGCUCGCCGCCUUCCUCGCAGCCAUCAUACCCAUUGUCGUCAUCCUACUCAUGCAGAUCCGCAUCCGCUCCUUCUGGGACGUUAACAACGGCGUAAUCGGUCUGUUGUACUCGCUCAUCACGGCUGCCGUAUUCCAAGUCUUCCUCAAGUGGCUCAUCGGCGGGCUGCGUCCACACUUUCUCGACGUGUGCAAGCCAGGCAUUACCAAGGCGAAGGAAAAGGCUGGCCUGAACCUCAAGGGGUACCAGCAACUGUACUUUACGCCGGAUAUCUGCACCGGCGACCAAAAGGAGAUUAACGACAGUCUUGAGUCGUUCCCCAGUGGUCACACGACGGCUGCGUUUGCGGGAUUCGUCUUCUUGUACUUGUACCUGAAUGCGAAGCUCAAGGUGUUUUCGAACUAUCACCCCGCCAUGUGGAAGUUGAUUGUCAUUUAUGCUCCUAUUCUUGGUGCUACGCUUAUUGGAGGGGCGUUGACGAUUGACGAGUACCAUAAUUGGUAUGAUAUUAUUGCUGGCGCGAUUAUCGGCACCGUUAUGGCGUUUUCGGGGUACAGGAUGACGUAUGCGGCCGUUUGGGACUGGCGAUAUAAUCAUAUUCCCUUGAAUAGAGGCGCGGCGUUUGGAUACGGAAGUGGUGAAGUUCUUGAUGCUGUGUUUACGAGAAAGGCGGGUUGGGGAGUUGAUGCAUGGGAUAGGCAUGGUCAUGGGCAUGGGCAUGCGGUGAAUGGUCAUGGAGUGAACAGUCAUGGAACGAAUGGUCAUGGUGCUGGGCUAUCGAUUCCACGGAGGGCAGUAGGCAGCGGACGGGGAGACGAGAUGGUCUAG